AUGAAGCUUCUCUCCACUGCAUUCGCUGCCUUUGCUCUGCUCGCUGCCACCGUCAAUGGCUCGCCCAUGCUCCGCAUGGAAACCGAAGGCAAGAGCAACACCACCACCAGCAGCAGCAGUGGUUGUAAUCUAACCGGCACCUACAAGAAGGGCACCGACAUCUCAUCUUGCAGCUCCGUGACUAUCGACUCGCUCACUGUGCCUGCCGGUGUCACGUUGGACUUAAGCAAGACCAAGAGCGGCGCUACCAUCACGUUCACCGGCACUACGACGUUCGGACCGGCCAAGUGGGAAGGACCCCUCGUUCUGCUUGGAGGCAACAGCCUCGCGGUCAAGGGUUCCGGUAUUCUCGACGGCCAGGGUGCCUGGUACUGGAAGCAGGGACAGUCGAUCACUCGACCCGUGUUCUUCCGUCUGCAGAACGUCGUGGGCUCGACCCUGUCGGGCUUCACGCUCAAGAACUCCCCGUUCCGCACGUUCAGCAUUAACGACCACAUCACCAUCACCGGCAAUAAGAUCUACAACCAGGACGACUGUCUCGCCAUGCAAUCCAGUACCAACACGGUGUUUAGCAACAACCUUUGCUGCGGUGGCCACGGUGUGUCGAUCGGGUCUCUCGGCGGCAACGCAGUCGACCAGUCUUCGACGGUGCAGGGUCUUACUGUGCAGGGCAACACCAUUCAGAACAGCGACAACGGUAUCCGUAUCAAGACCAUCGUCGGUCUCAAGGGUCUGGUCUCCAACGUCAAGUACGUUGACAACAAGCUCCAGAACGUCAAGAACGCCAUUGUCAUGCACUCGGACUACAGCAAGGCCAAGGGGGGCUACACAGGCUCUCCCACUAGUGCUGUCACGAUCGAAGGUGUGACGAUCUCUGGUCUGACCGGCUCGGCCACCAACUUGUACGACAUUGUUGCCAACCCGAAGGUGGUCUCGGGCUGGACCUUCUCGGGUAUCAAAGUCAGCGCGUCUGCAAACGGUAAGGCGGUCGGCCAGCCCAACAGCGUUAGCGUGUAG